CUCGAGCGCAGAGGUGACCGUCCGAAAGAGAGACGGCGAUUGCAGUUGUACAGUAGCUACUCGUUUCGCAAUGCACAAAGAAACGCUAAAGGAAUAAGAUUCCCUUCAUUUGUUUAUUUAUUUUUAAAAUUUUCAGAUGAUCCCGUGCACACUUUAUUUCGCUUUUGCUGAGCUUCUGUAGUUAUUCGCUAGCUGUUUUUUGUUUUUUUCAUUGGAGGGACAGCACAGGUGAAGAUGGCGAGGCGACCGGCUGUGAGAAUAACUUUCCACGCUGGUGACAGCUUUGCGCGCAUCGUUUUAGUAUUGUGGUCGCUCGUCUGCGUGGUUUCUGGUCAGGAGCUUCCUUCCAGUGGGGUGAACGGAUUCAGCUUGCAUCCACCGUAUUUCAACUUGGCUGAAGGCACAAAAAUCACGGCUACGGCAACCUGUGGGGAGGACGAAAAUGGGCGUGCAAUUCAGGACUUAUACUGCAAGCUUGUGGGGGGGCCGGUAUCGGGAGACCCGAGUCAGACCAUUCAGGGCCAGUACUGUGACACCUGCACCAUGGGCGACAGCAACAGGGCGCACCCCAUCACCAACGCCAUCGAUGGGACGGAGCGCUGGUGGCAGAGCCCGCCCCUCUCCCGCAGCGUGGAGUACAACCAGGUCAACGUCACUCUGGACUUAGGGCAGCUCUUCCACGUGGCCUAUGUCCUCAUCAAGUUUGCAAAUUCCCCCAGACCUGACCUGUGGGUGCUGGAGCGGUCUAUCGACUUCGGGGAGACAUAUCAGCCAUGGCAGUUUUUUGCCUCUUCAAAAAGAGACUGCAUUGAGCGCUUUGGCCAAAGGACAAUUGAGCGUAUCAACAAAGACAAUGAUAUUAUUUGCACAACGGAGUAUUCCCGCAUUGUUCCUCUGGAAAAUGGAGAGAUUGUGGUUUCCCUGGUGAACGGGCGUCCAGGAGCCAUGAAUUUCUCCUAUUCCCCCGUGCUGAGAGACUUCACCAAGGCCACGAACAUCCGCCUGCGUUUCCUUCGCACCAACACCCUGCUGGGGCACCUGAUGGGCAAAGCUCUGCGAGACCCCACGGUCACCCGCAGGUAUUACUACAGCAUCAAGGACAUCAGCAUUGGUGGACGGUGUGUGUGCAAUGGACACGCUGAGGCCUGCAACGCCAAGGAUCCCAAUGACCCUUACAAACUGCAGUGUGACUGCCAGCACAACACUUGUGGGCCAUCAUGUGAUCACUGUUGCCCUGGAUUCAACCAGCUGCCAUGGAAACCAGCAACAACGUACAGCGCCAACGAGUGUGAACCGUGUAACUGCCACAGGCAUGCGUUUGACUGCUACUACGACCCGGAGGUCAACCGGAGGAGGGUCAGUAUGAACCAGCUGGGGGAGUACCUCGGUGGGGGUGUGUGCCUGGAGUGUCAGCACCACACCACUGGAAUCAAUUGUGAGCGCUGCAUCCCUGGUUACUACAGGUCACCUGACCAGCCCCUGGACUCCCCAUAUGUCUGCUCCCCCUGCGCCUGCCAGUCAGAGUUCACCGACGGAACGUGUGAGGAUCUGACCGGCCGCUGUUACUGCAAGCCCAACUACACCGGCCGGGACUGCGGCACCUGUGCGGAGGGAUACGUCAACUUCCCCGAGUGUUUCCCUAUUCCCAUUUACCCUAACAACAAUAAUGGUGAAGUACUUCCUGCUGGGGAGAUCAUAAACUGCGAGUGUAAUGCUGCUGGCACAGAAGGGAACUCCUGUCGCCCUGACCCACGCACCCAGGCCUGUGUCUGCAAGCCCGGCUUUACUGGAGCUCACUGUGACAGCUGUGCGCCCAGGUUCUUUGGCCUGAACUGCCAGUCCUGCCAGUGUUCGGGCCCUGGCUGCCUGGACGGGACCUGUGACACGGCCACGGGUCAGUGCCACUGCAGGAGCGGCUUCCAGGGGUACGCCUGUGAGCGCUGCGCUCCCGGGUACUUCAACUACCCCCUCUGCCAGCUGUGUGGCUGCAGCACGGUGGGCUCUCUCCCAGAGGGCUGUGAUGCGUGGGGCCGGUGUUUGUGUCGGUCAGAGUUCCAGGGCCCGCGCUGUGAGCAGUGUCGCUCAGGCUUCCAUUCCUACCCCAACUGCCAAGUGUGCUCGUGUGACCCCCGCACCUCCCUGGACUCCAGCUGCAGUGUGUCAGGCCACUGCCACUGCCGGCCCAACUUCAGCGGCACGUCAUGUGACCAGUGUGCGCCCGGGUUCUUCGGCUACCCCAGCUGCACGCCAUGCCAGUGCUCCAUCGAAGGCUCACGCUUCAGCACCUGUGACAAGGUGACAGGACAGUGUGCCUGCCUGCCCAGCGUGGUGGGACAGCGCUGCGACUCCUGCAGCUCCGGGUCCUAUGGCUUCCCACUCUGUCAAGUUGGAACCUGCAACCCUGCUGGUUCUGUGCAGAAUGAAAUCUUGCCAACAGUCGGCAGCUGUGAGUGCCGGCCCUAUGUUGAGGGCAUUGCCUGCGAUAAAUGCAAAGCCCUUUUCUGGAAUCUUUCUCCGGACACUCCGCAGGGAUGCUCCAACUGCGAGUGCAACACACCAGGGACCCUGAGCAAUGUGGCAGAGUGUGCUCAGAGUAGCGGGCAGUGUUACUGCAAACCCAAUGUAUGCAGUGGCACAUGCUCUGUAUGCAAAGACGGCUACUUCAACCUGCAGGGGGAAAACUACUUUGGGUGCCAGGGCUGUCAGUGUGACAUCGGGGGAUCUGCUGGUCUGUUGUGUGGGGAGAGGAACGGGCGAUGCCAGUGCCGUCCAAAUGUUGAAGGGCCAAAGUGCAACCAGCCAAAACCAGACCAUUACUUCCCAGACCUGCACCAUCUGAAGUUUGAGAUAGAGGAUGGGACCGUGCUAGAUGGUCGGCCAGUCCGUUUCGGGUACAACCCCCUCGAAUUUGAGGGUUUCAGCUGGAGAGGUUAUGCACAGAUGUCUCCUAUCCAGCCCAAGGUGGUGGUGGCGGUUUCGCUGAGCUCCCCGGACCUGUUUCACGUAGUGUUGCGCUACGUCAAUCGCGGCUCCGCGGACGUCCGGGGCCGGGUGUCAGUCCUGGAGGAUGGGAAGAGCAUUUUAUGCAGCAACUGCUCAGAUCAGUCCAAGCAGAUCGUCUUCGCCCCAAGUUCUGAACCCACCUUCGUCAAUGUUCCCCAGAACAACUUUGUGGAGCCCUUUGUUCUGAAUCCCGGCACGUGGACAGUGGUCAUAGAGGCAGAGGGGAUUCUCCUGGACUACCUGGUGCUGCUGCCCAGUGCGUACUACGAAGCCCCCAUUCUGCAGAUCAAAGUAACAGAGGCCUGCACCUACAGCCCCUCACAGGACUCCAGCCAGAGCUGCCUCCUCUACAAGUACCUUACCUUGGAUGACUUCCCCUCCAUUUCGGGAAAUGAUGCCAGCUGCAGAUUCGAUAACCACCUUCCACGCCCCUGCCAGAGCGAAAAGAUCACGGCCCGACACCCUCCCAUGGCCAUCUGCAGCGGAAGUGAUAUUAACGUGCAGCUGCGAGCUGCAGUGCCGCGGCCAGGGAAGUACGUGGUGCUGGUGGAGUACUCCAGUGAAGACCAAGCUCCACAGACUCUCACCGUGUUUGUGAACACACCGGGCGGACGCACACACCAGGAGUACCUCACGCUGCUGCACUGCAAGUACAGUUUCCUGUGUCGAGGGGUCAGUGUGGAUGACAAGAGCCGUGUGGCCAUCUUCACUUUGUCCACUGACAUCGAUGUGCAGUUCCUCGCAGACAGAGCCAGUUUCUUCCUGUACAAGGUGUACCUGAUCCCACAUGAGCAGUUCACCAUGGAGUACCUGAAGCCCAAAAUGCAUUGCAUCAGCACGCACGGCACCUUUGCCCCUGACAGUGCUGCCUGCAUCCCGUCCCGUUUCCAGACCCCCUCCCAGUCUCUGGUGCUUAAAGAGGGCCAGGCGUCUCAGGUGCAGGACCCAGCUGUGGCCCUCCCGCCUGACUCACAGUCCCUGCCCGCAGACGCCCCCCACUGGGCGGCUGGUGACCGCCCCCCCACUGCCGCGGAUAACGCAGACCACGUCCGCCUCGAUCACUCACAGAACGCAGUGGUGUAUUCGACGAGGGUACAGAGUCUGGGCGGCUAUGUCUUCAUCCUGCACUACCAUCAGCCCCUGCACCCCACCUUCACUGUGCAGGUCUUCCUCAAUGGGGGCCGCAUUUGGCAGGGCAUCGCCAACGCCACCUUCUGCCCCCAUGGCUACGGCUGCCGCAGUCUGCUGAAGUCAGAGGACAAGAUCAUCCUGGACGUGACGGACAACGAGGUGGUGUUGACUGUCCAAGUCCCCGAUGGCAAGACGCUGUGGCUGGAUUACAUUCUGGUGGUCCCAGAGGGCAGCUAUAGCUCCAGCCACCUGAACGAAGAGCCUCUUGACAAAUCCUACGACUUCAUCAGCAACUGUGGCCAAAACAGCUUUUACAUCAACCCGACGUCCUCCUCGCCCUUCUGCCGGUCCUCGGCCGUGUCUCUCUCCGCCUUCUUCAACAACGGCGCUCUGCCGUGCGGCUGCCACGAGGCGGGGGCGGAGAGCGACACCUGCCAGCCCUUCGGCGGGCAGUGCCAGUGUCUGCCCAACGUCAUCGGGAGGGACUGCUCCCAGUGUGCCACAGGAUACUGGGGCUUCCCCAACUGCAGGCCGUGUAGCUGUGGCACACGGCUGUGUGAGCAGGUCACAGGGGAGUGUAUCUGUCCUCCGCGCACGCUGCGUCCGGAGUGUGUGACCUGUGAACCGCAGACGUUUGGCUGCCACCCGCUGGUGGGUUGUGAGGUCUGCAACUGCUCCCGGCCUGGAAUCCUUUCUGUGGAUGUCAGCUGUGACACUGACAGUGGACAGUGCAGAUGCAAGAACAACAUCAUUGGUCGUCAGUGUGAUCGCUGCGCCCCCGGUUUCUACGGUUACCCAAACUGCAGGCAGUGUGACUGCCAUGAAGCCGGCACGGAGAGCGAUGUGUGUGACGCUGUCUCAGGGCAGUGCCUCUGCAAGGAAAACGUGGAGGGAGCGCGCUGUGACCAGUGUCGGGUGGGAAGGUUCCACCUGGACCCCACCAACCCCAAGGGCUGCACCAGCUGCUUCUGCUUCGGAGCCACGGACCGCUGCCGCAGCUCUGAGACACGCCGCACGGAGCUCGUGGACAUGAAAGGCUGGGUUCUGCUGGGCGGGGAUCGGCAGGAGGUUCCGGUCUCCACAGAUCUGGACCAGGGCCUGGUGGAGGCCGACUUGGGCGACGUGCCCGAUGUGUAUCAGGACCUGCACUGGCACGCUCCCCGCAGCUACCUGGGAGACAAGGUGUCGUCGUAUGGAGGAUAUCUGCGGUAUCACCUGCAGUCCCAGGCAAUGAGGGGCGAUGUGCUGGCCCUGCCAGCUGAGGCCUCCCGGCCUGACGUCAUUCUGAAGGGUAACCAGAUGACGCUAGUCUACCUGGAGAGAGAAUAUUCACCUCCUGGAAUCCCCCAUGAGGGGAUAGUUCACCUGGUGGAGGGAAGCUUCCGGCACGCACAGACCGGUAACGUGGUGUCUCGGGAGGAGCUGAUGAUGGUGCUGGUGGGGCUGGAGUCCCUGCAGAUCCGGGCCCUGCACUCCCAGUCCGCCAUGGGGGUGUCGCUGCGCGGAGCGGUGCUGGAGGGUGCCGACAGCGCGUCCUCAGGACAGCGCACCAGCAACGUGGAGCUCUGCUUCUGCCCCGCCAACUACCAGGGCGACUCCUGCCAGCAAUGUGCUCCAGGUUUCUACAGAGACACCAAGGGGCUGUUCCUGGGGAAAUGCGUCCCCUGCAGUUGUCACGGCCACUCUGACCUAUGUCUGGAUGGAACAGGCGUUUGUGUGAACUGCCAGCACAACACGGCAGGAGAGCACUGUGAGAAGUGUCGUGGCGGUUUCCUUGGUAACUCCACGGUAGAUGGGCAUGCCGUCUCCUGCAGCAGCUGCCCCUGUCCUCUGCAGGUGGCCUCCAACAAUUUUGCAUUGGGCUGUGUGGAGAAGCCUGGCAGGAUGCAGUGCUUGUGUAUGCCUGGGUACGCCGGACCCCACUGCGAGAGGUGCGCCCCCGGUUUCUAUGGCAACCCCAUGGUGAUUGGCAGCACAUGCCAGCCCUGCAAGUGUCAUGACAACACAGACCCAAAUAUGCUGUUCAGUGACUGCCACCCACUGACUGGAGAGUGCCAGGGCUGCAUGCACAACACGGCCGGCCCGCAGUGCGACCUCUGCGCACCUGGCUUCUACGGAGACGCUCUGGCUGCCAAGAACUGCACCAAAUGCAACUGUUCCCCGUGUGGCACUGACACAUGUGACCCUCAUACUGGACAGUGCCACUGCAAGCUGGGUGUGACCGGAGCCCAGUGUAAUGUCUGUGAGAACGGGGCGUUUGGGUACGAGACCUGCGCAGGGUGCCAGCGCUGUAACUGUGAUGCUGCAGCUGCCCUCGUCCAGCCCUGCGACCCCAGGAACGGGACCUGUGCCUGCCAGCCCGGGGUCAACGGCCCCAACUGCCGUCAGUGCGCUCCCGGAUACUGGGACUACAGCCCCAGCGGCUGCAAGAAGUGUGACUGCAAGGCAGGCCUUUGUGACCCCAGGACCGGGGAGUGCAGGUGUUCCGGGGGCUUGACAGGGGCGCAGUGUGACACCUGUGCACACAAGUUCAGCGUCCCAGUGCAGACUGGAACAGAGCCUAUGCAGUGCCAUGUCUGUGACAGCUGUGUCAUCGUUCUGCUGGACGACCUGGACGGCAUGAGCGACAGCUUCAGCUCUGUGAAGCGGCAGCUGGCCAACCUCAACGCCAGCUCUAUCGCCUGGGCACAGCUAAACAGCCUCAACGAGUCUGUGGCAAACAUGACUAACGAUAUCGGCAACUAUAACGACACACUGGAUGAGAGCAGAACCAGAGCGGACAUGCUGGAAGUUGAGGCCCAAAAUAUCAACUCUGACAUUGACGAAUUACAAGAAAAGGUGCGGCUGACGAGGCGGAAGGCAAACGACCUUGAGACGAGUGUGAACAGAACUCAUGGGAGAGCCACAGACCUGGUCAACUACAUCAAGGGCAUGAUGGCAACUGUUGGAGAUAUCUCGUCCCAGAUAAACAGGACCGCGAAUGAGACAAGCCAGGCUUCACGGGAGGACCUGUUGGAGAAGCUGGUCCAGGUGGAGGACAUGCUGAGGGAAAUGAGGUUCAGAGGCUGCCAGGCCCAGAAAUCAGCAGCUGAGAAAGAGCUGUCUGAGGCCCAAAAAUUGGUGGAGAGGGUGAAGGAAGAGUUGGGCAAGAGGCUAUCAGUGAACCAGGACCAGGUGCAGCAUAUCAAGGAAAAGCUGGGAACGUACCACACUGAGCUGAUGGACCUGAGAGAUGCGCUUAAUGAAGCAGUCAACAACACGGCCCAAGCGGCCGAUACCAACAAUAUGAACAUGAAGAGGCUGGAGGAGAGCAAGCAAAAGGUGGAGGACCUGACCAAGCAGCAGAAGGAGGUGAAUGAUCUCCUGCAGAUGGCAGAUGAUGCUGUCUCUCAGGUCUACGACCUGCUGAGCAUGCUGCAGGAAUCCAAGGAGGAAUACGAGCACUUGGCAGCCCAGCUUGAUGGGGCCAGGAAACCCCUGGCAGAGAAGGUGCAGAAGUUUUCCCCGACGGUGUCCAAGAUCCCUUUGGUAGAGGAAGCAGAGAAGCGUGCAGACCUGCUCGAUCAGCUGGCUAAGAACCUCUCCAGUGUGAUUGCAGACACAAAUCAGGAUAGCUUCAUUCAGCGUGCAGUGAAUGCAUCGCGAGCCUACACCAACAUCAUCGAUGCUGUGCGUGAUGCUGAAGCUUCUGCUCGUGAGUCUAACAAGACAGCCACGGAUGCUCUGGAGAAAGUGCAAGGGAAAGACCUUGGCCAGCUGGCCGACACACUGAAAAACAAGAGCAACGAGCUGGUGAAUGAGGCCAGGCAACUGCAGGAUAAGCUCUCUAAAGAAUUGAAGCCCGAUCUUCGGGACGCAAAGGCACGGAUUAAAGAUGCCAAAAAGAAACAGGAAUCUCUUCUAAGGGAUCUGGAAUUGGCCCAGAAAAACCUCAAUGUUAGCAGAGAGGAGACCGCAAAGGACCUUGCUGAGGCCAAGCGGGCUGCUGCAGAGGCCAACAGCACCACUGCACAGGUGGAGGACGCACUCAGCCCCAUCAAGAAACAGCUGACUGAGUGGCAGCAGCAAUAUGGAGACUCCAACGCCACCAACGAGGACAUCAACAACGCCUUCAUGGAGGCCAACAAAUCAGUUGGAUUGCUGGGGGAAACGAUUCCUCUUCUCAUGAAAAAACUGGACAAGCUACAGAACCGUUCUGCACAGAUGCCCAACAUCUCUGAGAACAUAGACAGGAUCCGCCAACUCAUCGAGCAGGCGCGAAAUGCCGCCAAUAAGGUGAAAGUGCCAGUGAAGUUUAAUGGGACCUCAGGUAUACAGGUGAGGACCCCCAGUAACCUGGCUGACCUGGAAGCAUACAACUCCCUCAAGUUCUACAUCACGCUUCCUGAGUCCGGCAAGAAAAAACGACAGGAUGAGAGCACACGCCAGUUUGUCUUGUAUCUCGGCAACACAGACGCCAGUAAGGAGUUCAUGGGCAUGUCACUGGAGGGCAAGCAGCUCCGUUGGGUGUACAAUGUGGGCAAUGGCACAGCUCAGGUGACAGUGGAUUAUAAUAUACUUGCAGAUGGCAAUUUCAACAACGUCAUCCUGGAGAGGAUUCUGCAGUAUGGGCAGAUAGCAAUCUCAGAUGAUGGUACGGUGAAGAAGGUGAUAAAGAGGGAGGUGGAGUCAAACGGAGACAGUGGACUGCUUAAUCUUUCAGAAAAAGACACAGUCUUUUACGUGGGAGGAUAUCCCGAUUCCUUCACGCCCCCUAAAGAGCUUCAGCUGCCGUUCUUCAAGGGUUGCAUGGAGAUGGAGACUCUGAAUGAGGAGGUGUUGAGUCUCUACAACUUUAAACAGGCCUUCCAGCUGGACACCACUGCGGUCAAGCCCUGUGGCAGAACAAAGCCAGCCCUGGCACAGCAGUGGGUCCACGACGCCGCCUACUUCGACGGCACAGGUUAUGCCGAGAUCGUACUCAAUGUGGAGGGAGAGAGCAAACGGCGUUUUGAACAGGAAGUCAGAAUUCUCUCACACAAUGGCAUUCUUAUGCUGCUGCUUCACAAAGAGCAGUUUUUGUGUCUGGCUGUCCAUGGUGGACAACUCAAGCUCUUUUACGACUUUGGAGGAGGGAUGGUAGAGGAGGAGGCAAGCGAAAAUGCUGUGGAACACAUCAGCAUCAGCCGUGGACAGACAAAAACAGUGGAUGUUAUCAUCCUUUACAGUCCUUCCAAGCGGUUGUUGGUGAGGAUCAACAAGUCCCCAGUGUACAGUGUCAUCCCUGACAAGGGUGGUGUGCCCCCGUUCCGUGACAGCUACUUCCUGGGAGGAGUUCCCAAGGAUAAACUUCCAGAAAGCUUGAAGGCCUUGUUCCCUGAUCAAAUCUCCAUCAAAGGUUGCUUCAGAAACAUCAAGGCCCAAGGCUCCUACAUAGACAUAAAGAGGAUGAACAGCUCUGGAGUCAGUUAUGGUUGCUCAUCUGACCUCCUGGUCUCACGGGAAGUACACUUCUCUGGAACAGGUUACUUGGGCCUGAGCCUGGACAACCUCCCCAGCCUACAGUCUAACUUCUACGCUGGACUGGGCUUUCGAACAGACCAGAAGAAUGGCCUCCUACUCCACUACGUGGCUGAGGAUGGAGUGUGCCAGGUUCUCCUUGACAGGGGGCAUGUGGUGGUGAGAGCCAGGGGCAAGGAAAUUAAGUCUCUGAAGACCUACAAUGAUGCCAUCAGCCAUUAUGUGACUGUGUACAGCAAUGGCAAAGGGCUGCGUGUGUAUGUGGAUGACAUGCUGGACAGUUCAGCGCGGCCUUCUGGAGCCAGCCCUGCCGCAGGCUUCCCGGUCAAAAGCACGUACCUCGGGGGAACCCCUGAGGAUGUGGGGGUGGCCAACUUCUCUGGUUGUGUCAGCAACCUGUUCAUCAACCGUAACAACGCAGAUUCGCCUCAGAUGGUGAACCUCCUGAGGUCAAAGGAGAAUGUUAACGCACCGCUGAGCUGCCCCGCAGCCAAACCGCCCCAGCAAGUGCUGGCCAAGGUCGAGAAGAGCCCCAGGGGCAGGAACAGGAAGCCCCCGAGCGGCCCACGGAACCGCAGUGCCAGGGGCUUGUGCCAGGGAGAGCUGUCUGCUCAUGAUGCUGACGCACUUCAGUUCAGUGGCUCCUCACACAGCUACCUGAAGUUCGACACCGUCCCUGAGGCCUUCAGGAAGACACCUCACUUCUCCAUGGGUGUCCGUGUCAACUCCUCAGACGGGUUGAUCUUUUACGUGCCCGGAGAGAAAGUCGGUGUCGCCAUGAUGUUGUCCGUCUCUGACGGUCACUUUCUCCUGCUGAUCGAUGGCGGCCGGAGAAAGGCCAGCAUUCGCAGCCGCAAGAAGUACAGCGACAACCAGUGGCACACGGUCUUUGUGAAGAGGGAGGGGGAGAAAGCCGUCCUGGUGGUGGAUGGCAUUAAUGUGCAUUCCAGGAAGGUGCCCAAUGGGGAGAAAAGCCCUCUCAGGCCCCCUCUGUAUAUCGGUGGCCUUCCCUCCAGGCUCUCCAGCUCGACUCACACGGUCCCUGCUGAAGGAGGCUUCACUGGCUGUAUCAGGGAUGUGAGGCUGAAUGAGGAGCCCCUGGGCAGCCCAUCUCAGGCCCUGGGGGUGGUGCCCUGCUUCCAGGACGGACUGCAGCCAGGAGCCUACUUCUCCAGCCAGGGGGGGCACCUCUCCAUUGUCGAGGCCCUAAUGGUGGGGCGGGACCUGGAGAUCCUGCUGGAGGUACGACCCGUCUCAGAGUCUGGGCUGCUGCUGCACGCUGGAGGGCAAACAGGUCUACAGCUCAGCCUGUACCUGAACCAAGGAGAGGUGACAGUGCUAGUGAAUAACGGGAACGGAGAAUUCUCGGCAUCCUUCACUCCAGAGGAGUCGCUGUGUAACGGGCGCUGGCACAGCAUCGGAGUCGUGAAGAAAAGCAACGUGAUCCAGCUCGACGUGGACACUGGCAGUGAGCAUGGCAUUGGCCCGAAGAAGAGCCGUCCAUCAGGGGGCAAAGAGACCGUUUACCUGGGAGGAGUGCCAGAUACUGUGGAUGUCCCCGGUCUACCCUCUUCUUUGCCUGCUUUCCACGGCUGUGUGCGAAGGGUAGUGAUCAACCAGAGACCAGCCGUUCUAAGCAAGCCCCUGUCUGUGCACGGAGCUGUGGGCACCCAGGGCUGCCCUGCCAUGUAGCCCCUACACAACCUGACUCCGAGGAUCCUCCCUACAUGUUACAAUCCUGGGUGGUGGGCAUACCUUUAAUAGAUAAUUUAAACAGAUAUUUAUGAAUAUGAUUUUUUUAAAUAUUAAAUGUAAAAUAUUUUUUCCACCAGCCCAAUGUCUUAUUCGGGUAAACCUAUAACCUGGACAAGAUUGACAUGGUAUAGAUCCUCAAGGAAUGACAUUCCUUUUUCAUUAUCAUCCAGCUGUCCAGCAGUACAAAAUUCUAUGGAAAUGAAAGGGUCCAAAAUAUAAAAUCUUUCAAAAUUCAACAGCACAUCAUAUUUGGGACUAAAAUAAGAUCUCCUUGUAUUAUAUUGGAAUUGCACCUUUUGCAUUUUUGUCUGGUAUUAUGGGAACAAUAUUAUCAGAGUUUUUAAAACCAAACAAAUAUCCGUAUUCCAUUUUUACUCAACCACGAAAAUUCGAAAUGAUCCCCACCAAAUUAUACUUUUUGUAAACAAAUGUUUAAGGGCUUCAAUAAAGUUUUCUUUGGGAGAAAUGAA